UCGCUCUCGUUGCCCGUAUCUAUCGUUUCUGUCGAGUCUGGUCAUGCUUUUCGUUCUAUACUAUCGCUUUCAUAUGCAGUAUCAGGAAUCAUCACUUGAUACCGUUAUUUCUCCGUGUACAUAAAGGACUCUCCCGAAACCGCUCGCAACUGUCUUAUACGACAUCACACGGAUCCCGUCUCUCCGCCAACGUAGCCAAUCGAGCCAUUUCUUCUGACGCCCCACAAUACCCUCGCAGUAAACGCAAUGGUAUCGCUCAAGACCAUUCUUACCUGGACCACAUCGCUAUGCCUGGCCUCACUUGUCGCCAGAUCCUCCCCUACCUUUGCGCCCUCGACCGCCAUAACCGGUUCCUCCGUGGAAGCUAAGUCAUGGCAUUCAAUGGAGCUCACUCCAACGCCUACAGGUAACCCGCCCGAAAGUGAUGUAGGGUCAGGAAACAUGCCCCAGGCUACCUUCAAGGACACCUUGAGGCGCUCCGAGAGCGAUGAGCGAUUUCCCUCAUCGUGUCCACAAGUCUUGGAACUCUACUGCUAUGUCUUCCCGCACGGAAUCCUUGGCCUGUUUGCCCAUGUCUUGAUUAUGCUCAGCAUAAUCCUUCUCGCAGGUGGACGAAGGCCAAUAUGGCCCUGGCGCAUAUUGAAAGAGCCUGAAUGGAGGGGCAUCUUCCCCGUGGCUGGUUUGUCUGCCCAGUUCGCUGGAUUCUGGUCUGUAUACGCUUGGAUUUUUCUCUGGAAUUGUAAGGCCAGCCAUGGCAAGAAGAGUAGACUCCUGAUCUUGGGUCUUCCGACUGUCACUCUACCCUUGCUAUGCUUGCUGGUGGUUUUCAUCCGGUGGCGAGCAGCCUACCAUCAAGUAGUAUGGUCACAGGAGAACAACGGUGUCCCAGCCCCAAAGGAUCGAAAGCCACUCUACCUCCUUUUCAUCCUCGGUUGCCUUGGCAUGACCACAAUUGUCGGGUUGCAGUGGCUCUUCGAAAACGGCACCUGCCCGGGUCACCUAUGGGUCACGAAUGGCUUCAUCGCAGGCGGUGCAUUGGUGGGGUUCCUAGCCGGGCUUGUGUACUGCAGCACGCCAUCGGCCCAAGAGCUUUGCCGUAGACUCCAGAGAUUCCGCAAUUGGCCCUACGGCCUCAUCAAGGUCCUAUUCAUCAUCUUUUGGUCUCUGACUGGCGCCUUGAUAGGUGCUACGCUUGUCGCCAUAGCGGCGGCCGACAUCCUCGUGACCAUGCGUCGUGGGACGAAGCCCAGAUAUGCUGGUGUCUUGAACGACAUUGAAGCUCCCCCAGCCGCCAAGAUUUUCUAUUUCAUCACGAUGAUCUGGAUGGUCCUGCCGGUUGUGGGGCUUCCGGCAGAGAAGGUUUUCUGGCCUCUUUUUUGGCUCUGGAGGUCCCGGCGGGAUUUUGGGGAGAAAGCCAAGAAAGUUUUCCAGGACUGUGGUUCGAGUGUGGUGAGGGGAAUGAGAUUAGGUUGAGCGUGGCUUGGUGAUGGGGUGGGUGAUGGUUGUUUGGAGAAGGUGACGGUGGCGGAAGGCGGGAUAACUAUGUCUCUUAUUCAGUUUCCCUCUUGUUCAUGGCUGGGCUCGGGAGGCUUGAGCUUUGACGAGGAAUAAAAGAUCGUGGAAGUUUUGGAUUGAUUUCAGGUGCUCACGAUGGUGUGAUGCUCAGACAGAAGAACAUGAGAAUAUUCGGAAAAGGGGGGAUGAAGCCAUGUUUUGCAGUCUAUGUAUUAUGAAUGAAGGC